AUGGCCUCCAAACGCAAGCGCGGAGAUGACGUGGCCACGGCCGAUGUCGUCCACCGCCCUACCCCGGGAACCAAGUCGUUCCCUACGGGUAAAGCCGUGCGCGACGGACUUGCAACUGGCACAAGGCAAGGUGAGCUCAUCGUGACACCAUUCUCGUCACUCCCUCUCGCAAUUACGCAUCCUACGGUGCUCAUCCUCCAGCACUACCUGGAUACAUCCCCCACCGCCGAUGAAAUCUUCAAUGCUUGGAAGCUGGCCGACGAAAACGAGAAGCUCGCGGAGACCUCAGCCCUUCUCCUCUCAAUGGUCAUCCGCGUUCUCACUCCCCUUCCCUUCUUCCACGCCCAGCUCGUUGGCAUCGUGAACAAGCUCCUCAACUCGACCGAGCCGUACGCCGACCUCAUGGGCCGCCUGCUCCAGUCAAGCAAGCGCGAGCAUAUCCUCGCUGGUCUGGCUGUCGCCUCGGCUGCUGUCCACAUUGACGAGCCUGACGCGACCAACCUGCUCGGCGGCACUGCGCGUGGUCGUCUUGCUGGCAAGGUCUGGAGCUCGAUUGUCGAGGGUGGCAGCGUCAAGGGCUUUGGCCGCAUGCUCGGUAUGCGCCGUCGUAACAAGGAGGGCACAGUUGAGUAUGGCGACAAGGACCCCCUUGACCGUCCCGACAUCCGUCACCUCGCUAUCGACCUCAUCCUGCCCCUCCUUCCCACCACUGCCUUUCACGUCCACGCCAAGGCGAUCCUCUCCCACCUCUACAGCGGCCUCCAGGCUGACCCUGCCACCACUGUCUACCGUGUCCUUACAGCCAUGUGGGCGGCCAUCUCGGGCCCUCCUCCCGGUGUGGCUCGUCGUAUUGCCCUUGUCCUCCUGGACGAGAGUGCCAUUGACAACAUCGCCAAGGUCAUGGACCGCAACGUCGAGGAGCCGACCACUGGCCGUUCCGUCGGCGAGAUUGCCGAGGGCUUCCUCGAGGGCGUUACUGCCACCCACGGCCGCGGUAUCUGCUUCGAGGACGAGGGUUGGUACCCCCGCGAAGAAGAAGAGUCACAGGACCCCCGCAAGAAGAAGGGUCUGCACAACCGUAUCCUCUCCAACGUCGUCAAGCGCCUCGGCGCUCGUGUUGUCGAUGGUGAGGGCCGCGUUGGCGCCUGGGUGUUGAAGAUGUUCGAGGCGUGCCCCGAGCUUGUCGCUGGCUACUGGGCCCACUCUGCUCUGUCUCUGGAUCCUCGCCUUGACGCGCGCUGGAUCGCCACCAUGGCGUAUGUCGGCCGUGUCGUCUCGCUCCCUAUUCCAGACCGCAAGACCUUCAACCAGCCCGCUCCCCGUGGUGUCGACGCCGCGUCAAUGCUCCCUCGUGCUAUCCCUCCUGCGGUUGCCACUGUUGUCGAGUCAGUGCUCCCGUCACCUCUGACCAAGCACCACCUUUCCAAGGGUCUCCAGCAUAACAACGCCCUCGUCCAGCACGUUACUGCCCUGGCUCUCGCCCGCGGUCUCCAAAAGCUCGCGGCCGUCCAGGCCCUGUUCGCCGCUAUUGGAACCGAGGUCGACGAGGGUGCCGAUGGUGCGUGGGCGGCUCGCGCUCGCGAGCUCGAGAUUGAGUGUCGCCGCCGCGUGCCCGAGGUUCCUGUCAUUAUUGCCUUUGCCCAAAAGGCAGCGCAGCUCGCCCGCCCCACCGACGAAGAUGACGAGGUCGAGCCUGCUCUAGCCGCCCGUGGUGCCAUGCUCACUGAGGCUGCCCUCCGCCUCUUUGGCCUGUAUCACAAGACUCUUCCCUCGCUCGCCGGUGAGGCUCGUUUCGACAUCGGCAAGCUCCUCGUUUCGGCUUCGUCCGCGAACGCUGAGCGCCGCGCGCGCCGUGAGGCUCGUGAGGGUUCCGUCGUCUCGGACUCUGGCUCGGUGGGAUCGGUCGGUACCCUGGGUACCGUCGGUAUGGGUGGUGGUUUCGGUCACUCGCGUGGUGACGUCGAGGGCUUUGAGGCCCUUUCGCAGCUGCACGUUCUCCGCCUCCUCUCCGAGGUCCGCGACUGGACGUGGACAAACAAGGCCGCUGGCUCGCAGUUCACGUACCUGUACCACAUUCUGCAGCUGCACCUCAGCACGCGUAACGUGGUCACCCACGUCAUGACUACAACCCUCCUUCACCGUCUCCUUGGUCCCAGCCUGCUGUUUGAGCACGACGCCCUCGAGCUCCCCAUUUGGCUUGAGGCCUUCCCCUGUGUCUCGGACACGGUCAACGGACCCAUGUUUAUUGCUCAGCAGAUCCACCUCCUCUCGUUUGUUGACGAGUGCACCCGUCGUACCCUCAAGACCCCGCACCGUUACAUUGAGGAUGCCGCUACUGUUGUGCCGACCUUGUCCGCCCAGGCUGUCGCUUCCCCCUUGCUCCUCACCAUGGUCGAGCAGCUCCACGCCAAACUCCUCGGCAUGCACAUUGCCACCGAUGCCGCCGCCUCGGUCCUCAACUACCUCCGCCGUGUGCUCGUCAGUCUCCUUGGCAAGCAGGCCACUGCCGACUUUGUGCGCGAGAUCAUCACCCGUCUCCGUGCGACAAUUAAGGCCGCCCACGAGGCCGGCCAGCCUCGUCACGGUCUGAUGGAGAUUGUCUCUCUCAUGGACUCUGACCUUGCUGUCGUGUUUGAGGCUGGCAAGUUGGCCACUGUCGACCCCGAGACGCCCAAGCUUGUUGACGAGGCCGAUUGGAUCCAGCGCAGCUUUAUCCGCCAGGCCCUUGAAUCGUUCUCCACUGGAACUCUCGCACCUACCCUCGUCAUGCUCAUGAACACGGCUACCACGGACGAGGGUGCCCGUCAGGCUCAGUUCCUCGUCCACUUGCUCGCCGCCUCGAGGCCCAAGGACGACGUCCUCCGUCUCCUUGCUCUCGCUGUUGGCAAGGCUACCGAUGACACCCAGAGCCGUCGUCUCAAGACCGCCGUCUUCAACAACUCGGCCGUGCGCGACCUCUUCCUCACCUCUGCGGGCGACGACGUCCGCGAGCAGCUCACUGCCCUCGCUGCCACUCUCAAGGAGGCGACGUUUGACCGCGCCCUUGCCGAACACUACGCGCACACUGCUGUGGAGACCCUGGAGAACAAGAAGACGCCCGAUGCGCUGGCGUUUGCUGCUGUCGCUCCCUGGAUCCGUUUCCUUACCCCGGCCCAGGUUGACGCUUCGUUGAGCCGCACCCUCAAACGCGCCAAAAAGUCGUCGUCGACGCCUUCAGACGUCCUGGGCGCUCUUGUUCUUGCCGCCCGUGCCGAGAGUGUCUACCCCCACCUCUCGGCCCUCCUUGCGCGCGGCUGCUACCGCCCCGUCUCCACUCGCCUCCAGGCCGCUGUGGCCACCUCGCUGUCCCGCCGUCUCAACGUCGAGCUCACUGCCUCCAUUGUGUCUGACCUCAUCAAGGCCGACGAUGAUGCGCACGUCCUCCUCGCUCUCCUUGUCUCGCUUUCAUCUGAUGCCGCCAAGGUGUUUGCCGCCGAGCUCGAGAAGAACCCCGAGUGGCUCGAUGACGCCCGCGUUCUCCCCUCCCUUGUCGCUUCGCAGAGCCCCGUCUCGGCUGUGGCCACCAAGGCUGCUGCUGCUGCCCUCUCCAACGUGGUCCUCAGCGACGAGAUCCACACUGCGGCCGCCCAGCUGCUCGUCUCCGGCCAAGCCGACGACGUUAACGCGGCCCUCGGUGCCAUCCCUCUCGCAUCGUUCAACCUCCCGCUCGCCCGUGCCGCAUCCUCUCUCGCGGCCAGCGGAAACGCCGACGUCGGAUGGGCCGUCACGUCCCUCCUCAACCUCGGUCUGCAGUGGAGCACCCGCGUCUUUAGCUCGGACACCCCGCUGGCCGGCGACGAGCUUGCCACCCUUGCCGCGCUCAGCGCUGCCAUCAAGGACGGCGAGAGCAUCCGUGUCGAGCCCAACACCGCGUUUGCCGAGCCUGCCAUCACGGCCGCUGUCACUGACCGAUUGGACGUUGCCGAGGCCCUCGAGUUUGCCGCCAUCCUCGUGCAAAAGUCGAUGAUGAAGGCCGGUUUCGUGCGUGCUCAGCUCCAGCAGCUUGUGGCGUCCAAGCAGAUCACCAAGCUUGCCCUCCCGUCUGCCGAGCCCGAGCACCGUCUUGCCUUUAUCCGCCUGACACACGCCCUCUUCCUCGCGUCGACCUACGUUUCGUGCCAGCCCAAUUUUGUCGAGCCCCUCGUGCCGCUGUACCGCGGUACCCUGUCCCUCGCGGACCGCCUGCUCCUCCAGCUCUUCCAGGCCUUCGAAACCCAACGCAAGGUCUCCAUGACGUCCGUCCUCAAGCACUGGUCUCCCGGAGGUGGCGUCAGCUCGCGCGCUCUGGACGCCGUCACGUCCUUUGACGCCCAGCGCGUCUUUGGUACUUGCUGCGCGUUCCCCCUGCGCCGCUCGUUUGUCGCCGGUCCCGGCGACGCUGACGAGACCGAGGAUGUGUACGACCCCGUCUUUGUCCUUGGCCUCACUGCCGCCGCCCUCCAGGAGGAACUCUCGGGUCUUGACUUUGUCGAGAUUCUCCGUUCCAACGUCCUCGGCCUCGCCGUCUGCGCGCUCAGCAGCAGGGACAAGGGUAUGCGUGCCGUCGCUGGAUACGUUCUCUCGGCGGCACUGAACAAGAUGGCCACUGUGGGAUUCCACGAGAAGCUCCAGCUGGUGCACACGCUCGAGUUGCUCGCCCACGCCAUCCCGGCUCCCCAGAAGGAGGCCGCGCCUACGGGUGCCGACGCGUUCAACGUCGACCUGACGCCCAAGCAGCCCCGCGUCCCCACCCUCAUUGCCCUGUUCAUUGCCCACGCACUCCGCGCACUCGCCCACCCCGCGCACUUCCUUUACCCCAUUUCCAGCCGCUUCCUUCUCCAGCGCCCGACGCUCGACUCGGGAGACGUGCCCGCUCUCUACGGCAUGCUCUACGCCGCCGGCGACGGCUCGCGUCGCGAACGUACCUGGAUGGUCCGCCUGCUGCGCGACGGCGUGAAGAGCGACGCCGACUACCGUAUCCUUGCCCGCCGCAACACAUUCGCCCUCCUCGCCUCCCUCUUCCAGUCGAGCCAAGACGCCGUGUUCCGCCGCAACGUCCUGGGCGCCGUGACGUCCAUCGCCCGCGUCCCCGCCGGCGGCAGGGCCCUGCUGCGCAACUCGCUUGUGGCGUGGAUCGCCGCCCAGUGGGACGCGGCGCUCACGCGCCCGCAGACCGAGGAGGUGCGCGACCUCCUCUUGACUGUUCUCGAAGACGCGCUCGCAAGCGUGGGCGCCGACGAGGCCCAGCGGUGGGCCAAGGACGCGGCGCGCUUCGUCGCCGCCACGAGCGCUACGGCCGACGCGGCCCGUCUCGAGGUGUUGGCGCGCAUCGCCCUCCGCCUCGCCCCAGCUACUGUCGCAUCCCUCCCAGCGCUCGUCGCCAGGCUGGGCGCGCUUGGUGCCAGCAGCGAGGGCGCGCAGACCGCCGAGCUGCUCUUCCGCGCAUCGCUGUAUAUCCCGGACGGCCCCGUGUCCCCGGACAUGGCCGUGGCUGUUAAUGCGCUGGCCGCACGAGUGGCCGCCAUGGACGGCGGCGUGGGUGCUUGGGCACGCGCCGAGGCCCGCCGCGUCUAA